GAGAGGCGUGGCUCAACGUAGCAUGGACAGAAACGUUUGACCCCGGAUUCUGGGCGACUUUUUUUAUUUUUAAUAUUUCCUUAGUGAAGUCGCGCUUACCUUUUCAACACUUUCUUGGUCAGGGUGGAGCUUAUUGAACCGUUUGACGGCAAUGGUAGAAACGGCCAUUUUUGUCGUCCGUUCUGGGUGAACAGAGGUUUGUUGAGCCACGGAAGCCCGCCAAGCCUGUUGAGGUCUGUUCUAAGUGUCAUAGGGUUCAAAGGUUGCGGUCAAAAGACCUCCUCCGCUGAGAAAUGGGUUGGAUGGGCGCAGUACUACAUUUCCCCAGCAGAGGGCAGAUUCCCGGUUUCGGCUUCAGGCAGUUUCUACUUUUCGGUGUCAGAGAAUUGUAAAAAAUAUAUAUUUAGCGUGAUGUCAUAAGACGGCGCAUCGUUAAAGGAAAGUAGUUCAACAAAAAAAGAGGAAAAAAGAAAGCGCUUGGAACCCAAGUGGGCGAGGUCAAACGUGUAAAGUGGUCGACUUACUCGUUCUUCUUGUGCUUUGGCACGGAGCCUUUGGCCACGGUGUGCUCCUCGCCGGACCGAAAUUGAUGUGGGACAGAAGCGAUGUCAAGAUGGCGGCCGCCUUGCUCCAGAUGACUUGUAGGUACAGGGGAAUGUUAGCAGUCAGGGCGACGGGGAUCAGGCCGCUGAUACCUGGUCUCGUCCCGGCUCACUUUCGGGCCUUCGCCGUGCGAAAAGAGCCGGAAUUGGAAGACAACCCUUAUUACAACAAAUACCAGGAAAAGAUCCAGAAAAUGCGCAGUUGCAAGCCUCAGGAGUUCAAGGCCAGAAUGGAGAAACGCCACGAGUCCAAGAAAGAAGCGCUGGGACGCUCCGAGCAAGCGGAGUUUGUCAGAGUGGUGGAGCGGCAGUCGGAGGAGCGCCGCGGGUCGGCGGCUGCCGAGAGAGCAUCCGGAGCUUUUGCCCAAAAUAAGUCGCUGGGCUCCAUCCUCAACCUGGAGCUGAUCCAGGACAAGACGGGCGAAGAGAUUGCAGAGCUUUGGAUGAAAUAUUACGCCAGCAAGGACACCAUCGGCGCCGUUAUCCCGAGUCACACCUACGAGCUCAUGAGCGCUCGGGCCGAGUCGUGUCCCACGUUCUUGUAUGCGUUGCCGCAGGAGGAGGGCUAUGAGUUCUUUGUGGGUCAGUGGUCCGCCCACCGCCUCCAUUUCACCUCCCUCAUCAACAUCCAGACUCAUGGCGAGAGCGCUCCCAGCCAGAUGAUCCUCCAUCACUUCCCGGACUUGAGGGAGGACAAGGGCAUCGUGCUCAUGACGGCCGAGCUGGACCCCAAGUGCAUCACCGUCCCGCAGGCUCAGUGUUUGGCCAAUCAGGUGCAGCUCUUCUACGGCGCCGGCGGGCAGCGGACCUUCGGCUUGGUGGAGACGUUUAACCACCGGCCGGCAGACUUCAAACACACAUCGGUGAUUGCCGAGCUGGAGCAGAGCGGCGUCGGGCCCACGCUCGGCCCUCCGUCCUCAAGCGGCCGCUGAGGCGCGCCGCGGCGCGAUGGCGCCAUCCCGCCACCGCCCGAUCCGAAGGGAUGGCGCUGGAGCGCCUCCGUUCAGACAGAUGAAGCGCUUCUCUUGCACGAGUGCCGGGGCUCCCCAGAUUCCUGACUUGCGACCGCUCCACUUGGGACCGAGGGACAUUUUGGAGCUCAUUUGACACGGCCAUUGUCAUGUGGUCCAAUUCGGAGCUGAGGUUCUGACCGGUCACUUUGCUCCUGAACUUUUUGACCCCUCUGCAAGAACGCUGAAAUGAAACUUUCUUCCGAAUUUUACCCGCGCAGAUUUAAAUGACCUGCUCUGGAAGGUUUCCGUGCCAAAACGCCUCUGUCAGUCUUUUUUUUUUUUUUUUUUUAAACAAAAAGUCAUUGAAGGGUCCUUUUGCUACCCCCCCAGCCCCUUUUGAGUCAUCUGCAAAA